UCUAUUGUUGACAUGCUAUCCAAACACUUUCAAAGCUCUCUUAGAAAUAUGCGAAAGUUGCAGGAAUUCGACGAAGGAAAUGGACAGAAUUUGGCAGACUCCAUGUGCCCUGUGCGCAGGGAAAGCUGUGCCGGUCUCAGUUGAUCUGCUCGAGGAAGACCUUGCGCUCUCCGACUCGGACAGCGAUUCCGAUGAUGACCUCACUGAUGAUGUCAGUAUCUGGUCGCACGAGUCGGUCGUUGCCUCGUUCCUGGCAGUUACAUCCGGUUACAGCUCUGAUUCAGAGAGUGACUCAGAGGACACGGUUGUGGCAAGACGCAAGUCGGCUACAUUGCCACGCCGACUAGAAAGUAAGGAAAUCGUGUCCGAUGAUGAACUCUCUGAUGACGAAGGUUGUGAUUUUACGGACAAACGCCGCCGGCGAAGGCGACGAUACAACCGCCUGGAAAAGGAACGUACAGACUUCACACAGUCCAGCAGUAAGGGAUCGCUAAGUCCUGAGUCCGGUUCUUCUGAGGAGAAUUCCAGCUCGAGUGAGAGCGAGUCAAGUGACUCGUCAAGCUCUGAUUCGGACAGUGACGAUUUGACGUCCGGGUCAUCUAGCGAAUCGGACUCGGACAGUGACGAAUCGUCAUCCGGGUCAUCUAGCGACUCGGAUUCUAGAAGCUGCAGUUCUAGCUCAUCGUCUAGCAGCUCUUCAGACGACAGUGAUUUUGGCAUAGACGGCGAUGAUGCGCGGGAAAUCGACCUCAAGUUCGAUAGAAAUCCUUGCCCUGCGACUUGCGUGUGUCUGUCUGGCAGUAAUAUGUUUCAGAUUCCGACCGCACGCAGACGCCGAACGGAACAGUCGCUGUACAACGAGGUUCUAAAUCGACAGCUGCUGAAGUCAUAUAAUGCAGCUCGAGAAAUCGACCUCCAGUUUGAAGAAAACCCUUGCCCGAAGACCUGCGUAUGUCGGUCUAGCAGAAACAUGCUACAGGUUAGACGAGCCCACAGGCGCGAAACGGAGCCUCCGCUGUACCAGAUGGUUCUGUCUCGAAGGCUGCUAAGGCCCUCGAACCGAAUUGUUCACGACUGCUGCAAGUACCGGUGUAGCAGGAGUUGGCAGCGCCCUGGCAGACCUGAUCUAGAUUAGUUUAAUAAUAGUAGAAAGUGUCGGGUAAUCUUUGAUUUGUAGAUACUAGAUAGUUACGGGUAAUCUUUGAUUUGUAGAGGCGUCGUGUAGGCCGGAUCUCAUAUAUAAAUUGACUCAAAACUUUAUAUGUUUUAUGAUGUUAAUAUGCAGUUUAGGUUUCUAUGCGCCUGUACAGGCCGGUUAGAGAUUAUAUUAAUUCUUAUAUGUGUCUAUAGUCGUAACAUUAUAUUUAGGUAACUCUGAUGAAAAUUAACGUCGUGCGAAAGGAUCUAGAUAAGUCAAAUAAUUGCCUAACUUUGUUUGAAGAUAUCUAGGUAAAGCUGUGUAAAUACAAAUUCGCCGGUACAGACUUAAAACUAUAUUAGGACAAUAGGUUAGUCGGACGGACAGGUAUUUCAAUAGUUGCAUGUAUCGCAAAAUUGUGUAAGUAAUUCUCUGUGCUAUGUAGAUAUCCGCAAUGGCUUGAUCUUGUAUACGUUGAGUGACAGUUUAUUUUUCCUUUGAUAUCUAGUCAUCUUUGACUAAGUAAAGGUUACAUGUUAGAAGAUGCACACAUGGUAAGCAUGAGCCUUAUUUACGUAAACAAAUCCACUGCUGUUUCUUGACAAAUGAUAUCACAAACACUUUAACUAUUUCUUUUAUAUUUUCAGAGUCGAAAAUCCGCGCAAUCAUCCAUUCUUGACAUAACUGUUUUCACUUCUUACUUCCACUCAUUUCCACUUUCUCUCUUCUACUUUCAGUUUUUCCUUGGGUUUCUCUACAGGACCCGCCAUUACUUCGAAAGAAGUAUCUUGAAUUUGUCAAACUGCGCCGCAGGUCGGCGUGCUCUAUGCGAAUAUGUUGUAGAGGUUAAUUGACGAGUCCGAUGUGAGAUGUUGUAGAGGUUAAUUGGCGAGUCCGAUGUGAGAUGUUGUAGAGGUUAAUUGACGAGUCCGAUGUGAGUAUGUUGUAGAGGUUAAUUGACGAGUCCGAUGUGAGUAUGCUGUAGAGGUUAUUUGGCGAGUCCAAUGUGAGUAUGUUGAAGAGGUUAAUUGGCGAGUCCGGUGUGAGUAUGUUGUAGAGGUUAAUUGCCGAGUCCAAUGUGAGAUGUUGUAGAGGUUAAUUGGCGAGUCCGAUGUGAGUAUGUUGUAGAGGUUAAUUGGCGAGUCCAAUGUGAGUAUGUUGUAGAGGUUAAUUCGCGAGUACGAUGUGAAUAUGUUGUAGAGGGCACUUGGCGAGUCCAAUGUGAGUAUGCCAUGUGAACAUGUUGUAGAGGUUAAUAGGCGAGUCCGGUGUGAGUAUGUUGUAGAGGUUAAUUGGCGAGUACGAUGUGAAUAUGUUGUAGAGGUUACUUCGCGAGUCCAAUGUGAGUAUCUCAUGUGAACAUGUUGUAGAGGUUAAUAGGCGAGUCCGGUGUGUGUAUGUUAUAGAGGUUUAUUGACGAGUCCAAUGUGAGUAUGUUGUAGAUGUUAAUUGGCGAGUCCAAUGUGAGUAUGUUGUAGUGGUAAAUUGACGCGUCCAAUGUGAGUAAGUUGUAGAGGUUAAUUGACGAGUCCGAUGUGAGUAUGUUGUAGAGGUUAAUUGGCGAGUCCAAUGUGAGUAUGUUGUAGAGGUUAAUUGGCGAGUCCAAUGUGAGUAUGUUGUAGAGGUUAAUUGGCGAGUCCGAUGUGAGUAUGUUGUAUAGGACUAAUUGGCGAGUCCAAUGUGAGUAUGUUGUAGCGGUUAAUUGGCGAGUCCGAUGUGAGUAUGUUGUAGUGGUUAAUAGGCGAGUACGCUGCGAGUAUGUUGUAGAGGUUAAUUUGCGAGUCCAAUGUGAGUAUGUUGUAGAGGUUAAUCGGAGAGUCCAAUGUGAGUACGUUGUAGAGGUUGAUUGAGGAGUCCAAUGUGAGUAUGUUGUAGAGGUUAAUUGGAGAGUCCAAUGUGAGUAUGUUGUAAAGGUUAAUUGACGAGUCCGAUGUGAGUAUGCUGUAGAGGUUAAUUGGCGAGUCCAAUGUGAGUAUGAUGAAGAGGUUAAUUGGCGAGUGCGAUAUGAGUAUGUUGUAGAGGUUAAUUGGCGAGUCCAAUGUGAGUAUAUUGUAGAGGUUACUUGGCGAGUCCAAAAGGAGUGUGUUGUAGAGGUUAAUUGGCGAGUCCAAUGUAAGUAUGUUGCAGAGGUUAAUUGGCGAGUCCAGUGUGAGUAUGUUGUAGAGGUUAAUUGACGAGUCCGAUGUGAGUAUGUUGAAGAGGUUAAUUGGCGAGUCCAAUGUGAGUAUGUUGUAGAGGUUAAUUGGCGAGUCCAAUGUGAGUAUGUUGUAGAGGUUAAUUGGCGAGUCCAAUGUGAGUAUGUUGUAGAGGUUAUUUGGCAAGUCCAAUGUGAGUAUGUUGUAGAGGUUAUUGGCGAGUUCAAUGUGAGUAUGUUGUAGAGGUUAAUUGGCGAGUCCAAUGUGAGUAUGUUGUAGAGGUAUAUUGGCGAGUACGAUGUGAGUAUGGCAGCUGUGCACGAGAACAAAUGGUUCAAAGUAUUGUACACAACGUUGUUAAAUAAUUUUUGUGUAAGAUGUCUUUAUAAUUGUGUUGUUAGUUAUUACGGAUUUAAACCUGCUUAUUAUUUAGUUUUGAUUUUGUGUUCGGUGUGUAUGUUAAUUGCAAUUUCAUAAACAUGAUGUAUCGUCGUUGACCAGGCAUGGACAAACGGCUUGAAGAAUAUGGCUGGAGUACCACACAUUGAAGAAUAAGACUUGAGACUCAAGACUUUAAAGUCUACAACUUGAAGCCCUCAACUUGUCGGGUACUGAACUUCAUUUUCAAAAAUAUAUAACAUCGUGUAAAACAGUUCGCAAAUAAUGAACUACCACGACAAAUACGACAACUAGUAAAUCCACUAGGCAAACUGUAUAAAUUGUAACACACUAUUUUAAGGUCCAUUAUAGGUAUUUAUAUAAUAAGUCGUGUUAAGUCAUAAUUGUUUCAGCAUAUUUUAAUAAUUACUUGCAUCAUGUAACAUCAAGUAAUAUUGAAGUCGUAAUUUUGCGUAAAAUUCUUGUUUUGUAACGUUUUCGAAUGUUGGGUUUUCACGAAGUAACUAAGGAGUAAGAGAUACAAUCUUGUUAGAAUACUUAUAUUUGUAUGACUUUGGUACUCGCGUGUUUUUAAUAUAUUUUGCAGUCAAACCCGUGCGUUGCUGCCGUGUCAUUCCAGUGGUGUCUCGACAUUUCAUCAAACAACAAGAAUGCGACAGAACAAAGGGAAUUCUAUAACUAUGUGCUAUUAAAAGACAGUGUAAUAGGCAAACAUCAAAUGUAUAUGUGAAUUAUUCUUAUAUUCUUUAUGUCAUAAAGCAGUUUAUUAUUUAGACCGUAAGGAAUCAUAGUUUUUAAUUUAUGUAUCCAAAAUGUUUCUUUGCAUAAACGGUCUUUGUGCUCAAAUUUUCAUAAAACAAUUGAAAGAUUUUGUCAAUGGUGUUCACAUAUUUAUAUUCGAACUGUUAUUGUUAUCGUUGAUGUUUGCUUACAGUUUCUGCUUAACGAUUGUCAGUAGCAUAUAUUAAAUUAUAUGUUUGUUCCGACCGUAUACUUUAAUAAGAAUAAUGCUAAAAUCCUAUUAACUGUUGCUUGAUGUUUUGACAGUUAAUAAUGAAGUCAUUCUUAUCGUCAAUAAUCAGCCUUUGCAAACAACUUUUUUUUCAAGUCAAUUUGGUAUACUUAAGCGAAAAAAUUCAUUCGCUUUAUGUAAUUUUACUUUGUUUGUAUUGUUCGAUGACAAUUGGUCGAUAAACGAAGUAAAAUUAACAAAAUA